ACCCCAUCCCCCCACCCCCGAGCGCUGAUGAGAGAAUUUGAAACCUUAGUCCUAGUAGAUGAAGAAGUAAUUCGGGUCUAGUGGAGAUUAUGUACAGCCACUCUCUCAGCUUUCCGGAAUAUUUUGAAGGCCUUUAAUAAAAAUGAGCUAUCCGGCAGAUUAGGUGGAUUUUUCAGUUCUGGGUAGUUACUCUGCUGGUCUUGGAGUUCGUGAAGAGUGAGGGGAAUUUGUAGAAAUGCACCGAGCUGUUAGUAGAUUGAUUAACUGAGUGACCUCACAAGACAGAACAGUACACCAGUUCUGUUUUGUCAUCCAUAAAAUCAGCUAGAUUUUCUCAGAGGGCCCUAACAACUAUGAAAUUGUUUGAUUUGGUAAUUGAAAAACUAAGUUUACAGUUUAGCCUGACGGUCCUCCCCUUCCCCCUCUUUCCCGUAGUUCUUGUAGUGCACAAUAAGAUACUUUGAUUAUAGAGAGUGGCUGUUAUAUGGCCUGGGACCAAAGAAAGCAUUUAUUGUACAGGCCAGUGCUAGGAGGAUUGAAGGUGGUCAAUAAAUACUUGUCGAACUGAAUUGUGGACAAUUUAUUGUAACCAGAUAGCAAAGCACUGUUACUCUGUAUGCUGGCCUAAUGUGGAGAAAUAGCUUUAUUACAUAGGGAAUCAUAAUGAUACUUUGCUCCAGAAUAUAUUUCCAAGUUUGUGUUGUCUCUGACUUACUAUGCAAGAUUCUUGUUCAUUAUUUCAGGCAGUUUUCACCAAUCUUAAAAUGCAAACAGGAGGGCUAAGCUACUUAAGAUACCAUAAUCUUUUGCUGGUUCUCUACUUGAUGUAAGCAUUUCAUUUUUUUCUAACUUGAUAUUGAAUCUUAGUACAGGUGAGUGUUAUGGGAAAUCUUGCCUUUUCAUUCUGAGGUAGUACAGUAUUAUUCUUUGAGUAGCUUGCUCCCUUUUAAAGGUAGCUUUUUCAUACUUUAAAGCAUUUUAUAGCUCUGUUCAAAAAUGAGAGUGGGCAGUUUGUUUAAACUUUGAAGACUAUGCCCUGGUAAAGAUACUGGCGUGUUAAGAAAAUAGACUUUGGAGUAAAUUGAGCUUGUAACUCCAAGGCCUUUUUGUAAGAAAAUCAUUCUUAUUUAUCCUUGGUGAGAACUAGUUGGGGGCAGGGAGUCAUCUAAUCUAAAUAGGAUAGUGUGUCAGAAUGUCUUCCAGCUCAGAGGGACCCCCGCAAGUAGUUUUCUACUACUCACCUGCCCCACCCCAUUUGACAGAUAAGGAUUCUGAGUGUUAAAGAGGUUAAAUAACUCACUCAGGGAUGUGUAACUUAUUUGUGGGAGACGAGAGUUUGGGUGUUCCAACCUGUGCUGUUUUCCCUGUAACAGGAUGCCUCCCAUUGCUUAGUCUUUUAAGUAGGCUGAAAAUUGGAAAGUACACCUACUUCUCUAGUGCCUACUAAAUGCUAGAUACAUUUUAACUGCUUUAUGUAUGUUAACUCAUUUAAUCCUCACACCUCUGUGAGGCAAAUAAUGUUUUUUAUCCCAUGGUACAGAUGAGGAAACAUGUAUAGAGAGAGUAAUUUGCCUAAAAUCAUCAGCUGGUAAGUGGUGGUGCCCCUUAAUUAAACUUUUCCAAGUAGCCAGGGGCCAACUUGAAGGCAGUCGUUGAAUGCUGUGUGGAUGGGCAAGGAAUAGUCCAUUGUAAAUACAGUCAGGUGUGUUUUUUAAAAAUGGAUGCUUGCAAGGUAAUAUAUUAAAUGGUCUAAGAGGUAUGAAGACACAUAUCCUUAACAGUAGUUCAGUUGAGGAGGAGGACAUGAAAAACUUAGAGAAAGAAACAAGGACUUCACAGCAGAUACCAGUAGAGACCAUUAGGGGGAGGGGGGGAUUUAGACAGAGGAGAAGACAUUGGUCAGAUCAUCUAGGGACCUAAAAUAAAACCCAGCCCUGCCACUUGUUGUGACUUUUCUCUUAACCUGAAUAAGAACAGAGAAAGGUUUGGGCGUGGAGGAGAGGACCUGCCCCAAUCGGAGGAAGAGGGAAUGCGCCUCUGCCCUCAUCUCUGGCCCUUCGGGUCUCACUUCCUUCUUGGAAUCUCUUCCUGUUCAGUCCCAGUGACCCUAGAAAUAUCCUCCUCUUUAGAACUCCGGCCUAGGUGUGGGCACAAAUCAGGAUUGCUUUAUUCUCCUUAAUACAGCUGAGACAGGAUAGAAUUUUCAUAAAAAUAGAUACUUCUGAUGCCAGGCUGGUUACCAUGCUAUUUCUAGAUGAAAUAGAUGUGUCCAUUGGCACCUCGUGACUCUCCUUAGUUACACAGCUCUCUAUAGUGAAAACAGCAGGUGGCAGAUGAGGCCCAUUCCUGAGUGAUGGUUCUUCAUGGGCCCCUUCGUUGGACUUCCUCUUAGAAUCUUAUGUACAAGGAAGCCCUUCCUUACUCCAUGUUAGGACAGAGUGAGUUUGUUAUUGUUGACUGAAAUCAACAUGGCUGCUGUAUGAAGAAAGAGUAUAUUCAGUGUAACUGAGGACCCUGGCCUGGGAGGACAGUCAUUCAGAGAGUUCUGAUUGGAAUACUCCGGAGCCCUUUGUCUGGAGACAGUUAGUAUGCCUUUUUAUGACAGGAAUGCCUGGAGGAAAAGAGGUUACGUUAAUCAGUGUGUUAAAGCAGCAUGUCAAGGAUACGUCUCAGUGUCACGGGAGAACAUACUGUGCACAUUCUGCUGCUACCUAUGUGUGAGAGAAGGCAGAGAUCAGGACUGUUAAUCAUUCUCCUAAAGAAUUCGGUCAAGGACAGAAAAACCAGACUCCUCUGUGAGCAUUCCAGGCUGUUUCUGUUCUCGGCCACGGUCAAAGGCCCGUGGCAGUCUUGCUGGCACAGGUGAGAGUGGCUGCACGGCUUCUCCACAACACAGCCCGAGUUGGUCUGGCUAAACAACUUAGGGCCUCGACAGUUUACCAAGCUGUCCUUGCCUGUGGCACCUCUGUGGGGAGCCGUAAGAAUUUUAUUUCACAGUAUGAUGGUUAGAGCUUAAUCCAAGGAGUCCCACAGACCUAAUUUCAAAUGCUGACUGUACCAUUUAAUUGCUGUGUAACCUUGGGUUAUGUUAUUUAAUGUCAGUAAACCUCAGUUUUGUCAUUAAAAAGUGAGAUGAUAAUUAUGCCUACCUCAGGAUUGUGUGAAAUGGGUAAUGUGAUUCCUGGCACAUAGAAAGCAGUCAAUGAACAUUGGUUCUUAACUAUUACACCUCCUAGAAGCUUCUUGAAUGGAACAGCCAUGAGGGUCAAGUGACAUUUUAGCUUAGCUCUGAAGGAUAAGUAGGAUUUGAAAGAGCAGAGAAGGAAAUCGUAGGCAUUGAGUGUGAUGUAAGGAAAGGCUGGCAAUCAAAAUACAAAGCCUAUGUAGUAAGUACUGAGUAGACUCAUUUUACUGGAUCAAAAGAUUCAUGUGGGGACAGGGAAGAAAUUGAGGGGAAACAGACUACUGGAGGAUGGUGACUGCAGGCAGUAGUUUUAGGAAGAGUAAUCUGAGAGUAAGAUAGGAGAUGGGGUUGGGAGGCAAAGUAGGGAGAAAAUGAAGGCAGGGAACCAGAGAGGAAGCUGGACUUCACGGAACUAGGUAGAAAAGUAAGCAUGAACAAAGAAUUACUUCUUCCUGGUGCUUGGAGACUGAAGCACAGAAUUAACAGAAUUAAACACUGCUGGGUUCUCUAGAAGAUAAGUACAGAAAAGACAUGUCCCUGUCUAAGAGGCUUAAAAUUGUGUUGGGAGGUAGAGAAGGAAUUUCAACCCAAAUAUUGAAAAGACAAGGAGAACAUAAACGCCCUAAGGUAGGAGCAAAGACAGUACUAAGGGCGUUCAAAGGUGGGAAGGUAUCACAGUUUAAUUCAGAAUGUGUGGAGACGUUCUAUGCCUUGAAGGAUAAGUAAACAUUUGACCAGUAGAGCUGAAACAAUGGAGAUUGUUCACAGCAAAGGAGUGAAGGUAAAAAAUCACAUCCAAUGUUUGGGGAACAUGGAUGGACCAGAUGGGUUGAAAGAUAGGGGAUCAAGAAAAGUAGUGGGAGGCAAGACUGCAGAAGUGCUGACUGGUUUGAACACUAAACUAGUAGAUGGAGGAUUCAUUGACAGUACCUGAGGGGAAGCAGGGAAUGCCAGAGCAUACCUUGGCAAUGCUGCCUUGACCUAGGUAUGUUGUUCAUAUUGGAAUUAAGCUGGAGAAACUAUUUGGGAACUAUGUCCCUAGCCUAGCCAGGAGAUAAGAAGCCCGGAUGAGGGUGGUAGAAAAUAAUUGUGGGAGGCAUAUAGCAGGAAAAGAUGGUAUUUCUUUUGACUUUUCAGGAUGAAAUGAAAGUAACUAAGGCUUAUAGAAAUUAUUUAGCCUUGAUUUGGGAAAAAGCUAGCCAAAGGCGUGAUCUUUUGGGCAACCUGUGUCUGCCUCCUUCUGUGGAGGUCCUGGCUGGCUCAUGCCCCAGCUCCAGGGGCCUCUUCCUGGAAGCUGCCCUGUUAACAUGUCUGUUACUUCUCAAAGCCUCUGUGGUGCUCCUGUUAAAACUACCUUAGACCUGUUGGUACAUUGUGCUUGUACCGUAAUUAUUUUUGUAAAAAUAGGAAUGGGGCUUCUCAUAGGACACCCUGCAUAUUAUAGAUUCACAGGAAUGUUUAAGAAAUUGAAUUAUUGUCACUGUAAGGACCUCACAAGCUGCUCUGAGGUUGAAAACAAAAUGUAUUUACUGCAGCAAGGAAGGUGGGGUGCAAAACAGGUCUGAAGGGAUCGGUGGGAAGGGCUAGAAGACACUUUGCAAUAGGACUUUUACCAGUUUAAAAUCAUCUGAGAAAUGACUUGAUUCCCCACAUUCUCUUUACAGUUGCGUAGAAAGGUUUUUUGGAUGUAAUGUUCUUUAUUGUUAUUAUAGACUGCUGUUUUAAUAAGGAUUUCUAUUUUUUAUUAAGGACCAAAAAAUGAGAUAGAAAAAUUAAUCCUGUGGUAAUAUUUGAUUAAAAUCCUGUUCUUGUGAUGAAAACAGUCAUUUCUAAACUUUUUUGGCCACACAUUCCUAUCAGUAAAAAUUAUUUAUAAAAAUUAUAUACAUGUACUGUUACAUCAGUAUUUUGUAUAAUAAAACAAGAGAUACAUUGAAUUGUGCUACUUAAAGAUAACUUUUGUGGUUUAAAUGUAGAGUUGACCCUCGAAUGACAUGGUUUAGGGGCUCUGACUCCCCCAACAUUGAAAAAAUCUGUGUGUCCCGAAACUUAACUACUAAUACCUUACUGUUGACGAGAAGUAUUACCAGUAACAUAAACAACUGAUUACUCAUUUUUUAUGUCAUGUGCAUUAUUUGCUAUAUUCUUACAUAAAGUGAGCUAGAGAAAAGGGAAUGUUUUUUCAAGUUGUUGCAAAUAUAAAAAAAAUUUUCCAAUAUAUUUAUUGAAAAACGUCUGAUCAUACCUAGACCCACACAGUUCAAACCCAUGUGUUCAAGAGUCAAUUGUACAUGAUUUUUUCCCACCAAAAUUACUAAUAAUUUUUUAGUGAGAACCAUGUAAUUCGAAAUGCUUUGGUAGGGUAAAACUCUUGGCUUAACUCAUUAUGUUACAGAAAUCAGUUGCUUUGUCUCUGAAACUUGAAUUUGAUGUUUAGUUUUGAUGGCUGUAGGAUUGAAAAAGAUAGUUCACAAAGAUUUGUCAGUUCAGUGGAAAGAAAUGCUUAGUGACUUGUGAUUGGUCCUCUCCACCAACCGUGCUAAAUUUCUGUGCUAACAUUCAGCUAGUACAUUCCCAUUUUUCAUGCCCAUAAAUUUCCUGUUCUUACAAACUAAUCAAAAGGUGUAUAUUUUUAACAAACAGACUUGUGUCCCUCUAGAUUUUUUUUCAUUUGGAAGAUUUUUAAACAGAUUAGAAAAUAUUUCUGAGGUUUUUUAAAUAAGGAUUUUUCCAGGAUACUUAGUUUCAGUUUUGGCAGUUAAAAUUACCUAAUAAUGGGAAAACUUCCCAGUAUACAUCUGUUCUCAUAAUAGUUCUUUCCUCAUGCUCUUUCCUUUUUUUUUUUAAAGCAGCUAUUUUCUCACCGGUUGACUUGUUUUAUUUAUUAUAUUAGAUCGACAUUGGUUUUUAUCUCCUAGUCUGGCUGAGUAAACCUUGUUCUAGAUAGAAACUUCAGCUGUGCCAUUCUCUUAUUUACCUCUGUGUACAUCAUUAGUUUUUCCUCUAAUUGUAGUUUCUCUGCAGGAUCCUUAAAACUGCUUGUCUUUUUAUUUUUUAUUUUAGAUUAAAAUUGACAUAUAAUGUUAUAGAUGUUGCAAAAUGAUCGCAACAGUAAGUCUUAACAUUCGUCACCAUAGUUAACAAUUCUUUUUCUCGUGAUGAGAGGUUUUAAGAUUUACUCUCAGCGUCUCUCAAGCGUGCAGCACAGUAUUGUUAACUGUAGUCACCAUGCUAUACAUUACAUCCCCAGGACUGACUUUAAAACUGGAAGCUUGUACCUUUUGACCCUAUUCACCCAUUUCAGCCAGCCCCCCGCCCCAUGCUUGUCUUUUUUAUGAAGGCGAGAUUAAAGCUAGAUGAAAUAAUCCGUGAGUCCACACAACUGGUCUCAGAUAAACAGGGAAACAGCUCAAUACCUAAAGAACAAGUGAAGAGAGCACCUUGGUAGCUCUCUGUGUGCGAGAAGGGGGCCCCCGUUUCUCCCUUGGGAUGUAUCACGUACCCUGUAUGACAUGUGACAGUUCAGUGUUUAGACUGAGUGAUGGUGUUAGUAUCAAUUUGUACAUUAAAUGUGGCUCACUUUCUCUCACUUUAAAACUAUUAGCAGGCAUUUUGAUAUUUUCUUUGUGUAUCCAGAGUGGAUUGUCUUGUACUUCGAAGACCACAACUUUAAGCUGACUGAGGCACCCAUAAAAAUGACAGAAAAAGUGAGAUGGUAGAUUGGCAAUUCCGGGGCUUCAAAUUUGGCUUGAAUGUUGACUCCACUAGGAAGACUACAGAAGCAAACGUCAGAAACCUCUCCUAGGACAGAAAGGAGAGCACAGACCCUGUUGGGAUCAAGGCAGUUCCCUGAGCUGAAUGAUGACUGCUGAAUCAAGGGAAGCCACCGGCCUGUCCCCUCAGGCUGCACAGGAGAAGGACGGUAUCGUCAUAGUGAAGGUAGAGGAGGAAGAUGAGGAAGACCACGUGUGGGGGCAGGACUCCAGCCUGCAGGAGACUCCUCCUCCCGACCCAGAGAUAUUCCGCCAGCGUUUCAGGCACUUCUGUUACCAGAACACUUUUGGGCCUCGAGAGGCUCUGAGUCGCCUAAAGGAACUUUGUCAUCAGUGGCUACGACCCGAGAUCAACACCAAGGAACAGAUCCUGGAGCUGCUGGUCCUGGAGCAGUUCCUUUCCAUUCUGCCCAAGGAGCUUCAGGUUUGGCUGCAGGAAUACCGUCCUGACAGUGGGGAGGAGGCCGUGACCCUUCUGGAAGACCUGGAACUUGAUUUAUCAGGACAACAGGUCCCAGGGCAAGUUCACGGACCUGAGAUGCUUGCAAGGGGAAUGGUGCCUGUGGAUCCAGUACAGGAGUCCUCGAGCUUUGACCUUCAUCAGGAGGCCACCCAGUCCCAUUUCAAGCAUUCAUCUCGGAAACCCCGCCUUUUGCAGUCACGGGCUCUCCCUGCCACUCAUGUUCCUGCCCCUCCUCACGAGGGGAGUCCCAGAGACCAGGCGAUGGCAUCUGCACUGUUCACAGCAGAUUCCCAGGCAAUGGUGAAGAUCGAGGACAUGGCCGUGUCCCUCAUCCUGGAGGAAUGGGGAUGUCAGAACCUGGCUCGGAGGAAUCUCAGUAAGGACAACAGGCAGGAGAAUUUUGGGAACGUGUUUUCCCAGGGUGGUGAGAACAGGAAUGAGAAUGAGUCCACCUCAAAGGCAGAGAUUGCCAAAGACUCAGCACCACAUGGGGAGAUAACAGGAAGAUUCCAGAAAGAUUUUGGAGAAAAACGUGAACAGCAGGGCAGGAUAGUAGAAAGGCAGCAGAGAAACCCUGAGGAGAAAACUGGAAGAGACAAGAGAGAUGCAGGGCCAGCUACCAUCAAGGAAAAAAAGCCCACCACAGGAGAGAGAGGUCCAAGGGAAAAGGGUAAAGGUUUGGGAAGAAGCUUCAGUCUAAGUUCAAACUUUAACACCCCUGAGGAAGUCCCAACAGGAACAAAGUCUCAUAGAUGUGAUGAAUGUGGUAAAUGCUUCACAAGGAGCUCAAGCCUUAUUCGCCAUAAGAUAAUCCACACUGGCGAAAAGCCGUAUGAAUGUAGUGAGUGUGGGAAAGCCUUCAGUCUUAACUCAAACCUUGUCCUGCAUCAGAGAAUCCACACAGGAGAGAAACCUCAUGAAUGUAAUGAGUGUGGCAAAGCCUUCAGUCACAGCUCAAAUCUCAUUCUGCAUCAGCGAAUCCACUCUGGAGAGAAACCUUAUGAAUGUAAUGAGUGUGGGAAGGCCUUCAGCCAGAGCUCAGACCUUACUAAACAUCAGAGAAUCCACACAGGGGAAAAACCCUAUGAAUGUAGCGAAUGUGGAAAAGCUUUCAACCGAAACUCAUACCUUAUUUUGCAUCGGAGAAUUCACACCCGAGAAAAGCCCUAUAAGUGCACUAAGUGUGGCAAGGCCUUCACCCGGAGUUCAACCCUCACUCUGCACCACAGAAUCCAUACCAGGGAGAGAGCCUCUGAAUACAGCCCAGCUUCCCUUGAUGCGUUUGGAGCAUUCCUGAAGAGCUGUGUAUAA